AUGUGCUUCGGCGAACGUACCACGUUCGUCUGCCCGAUUGGUGAGUGCAUCAACAAGCAUUGGAAAACCAGAUGGUAUGACUUUGGCGCUGACGCUGACAGUGGCAAAUGCGCUGCUGGAAAUGCUCUUGGUACCUGCCCUAACCCUUGGUUGGUGUAUCAUCAAGAAGAGAAGCCGUGUACCGGAUGUCUCACUAGACUGAACGAGCGCACACCCACGCCUUCACCUCCGCGUGAAACCUGGCAUCCCGAAGAUCACGGCCACUCAUACCCACCUAUUCCGGACUACGAAAGGUCUGAGACUGACACUGCUAUUGCAACGGGUAGAUUGACAGGUCCAAUGCUCGUUGCUCGCGAGCUGAACCGUCAGCUCCCUGAUGGUGGCACGACUGUGUUCCAACGAAACGUACCCGAGAACCAGCUCGUUGAUCAAAUCAACGACAUCAUCGCAAGGAGAGAGACAGAUGGUCCCGAACCUCAGAGAUGGGUUGACACACCGAACCUGAUUGACUCGACUGAGGCCAGCGAUGACAUGGAUGAAGAUCUGCCCCCACCACCAACGACUCCAGUGCGGACUCUACCACCAGCUGAGGUCCCCUCUGCAGUUCUCNAAGGCCCAAUCCCACAGACCGCGCUCAACGACACGCCAUUACCUACAUACGACCAGGUCGCGAGUCGUGGGCACGCUCCAAUCUAUUCCGAGAAUGAUCCCAUGUACAUUCCAAUCACUCUACGCACGCUCAAACGUUUGUCCGACUACAGCACCUACUUGCACGAUGCGCUUGCUCGUGAUCUUCGCAAUCGACUUAUCGCUUUUCGUAGAGGUCUUGCUGACAUGGGAUUCUAUGCUCGUCAACGUGCUCUUGAGGAAGUCAACAAUGACAUUAUGCAGGAAGUUGCAGAUGCUGCACUGUACCUCGAAGAAGGUUUGUUAAGACUUUGCCUCCAAGCAUUCCGCCGCCGACUGAGAGUCUUUGAGUACAGCACCACUAGCGUGAACGAGGAUGAAGUCGCUGAAUGGAUCGCAGAGAUCACAAGAAACCCUGAGAACAGUGUGCACAACCAUGCUCGCCGCUUCACAGAGUGGCUCCAACUACUAGAGCAUACCUAUAACCUGGCAGUCCUUCCUAACAAUUCUUUGUUGCAUGCCACUCUUUCUGACGGCUCUAGGUACCCUGAUCACAAAACGAUCAAUCUCAUCUUCCACCGGGAAGAAGUUCGCGACCAAAGAACUAUCCAAGGUGAGAACUGGGAUAGAUCAUCCGAUACCGACAAUGAUGAUAGACCAACCGACACGGACAAACUACUGAUCGCAGAAGUUCGACGCCGCGACAGAGAGUUUCCUCAUCUCUAUCGCCCAAACGAUGAUCGUGGUGAUUAUGACCCGCCACACUGGCAUGAUGGAUCUGGACGUGGUCCUGUUCAUGCUGAUACUGGAACACGUAUUCGCAUCCCCACCGCAUUUGGCGUACCUGAUCCUCGACCAUUGCCUGGCCCUAAUGAUCCUAGGGAGGUUAUUGAAAUUGACGACGAUCAACCAAUGGAGGUCAUCGAGUUGGAUGUUGACAGUCCCAGAGAUGUGAUGGAAAUUGACUAG